AUGGGAAUUAGUCCCUCGGCGCCUGCAUGCAUCCCACGUCCCUCUCUCCCUUCUCCAGUGGUCUCGCGCUACGCGUUCUUUGAUGACGAUGACGAUAACGACAGCGGCGGGCUGUCGGGGGAACGGUCCAUGAUUGGGCGCGCGCCGCAGAGCCAAAUGAUCCUUGAGUGGCAGGAGGGAGUGCCAGAUGCGCGGGAGUUGGAGGCAAUCCCGACGGUGGAGAUCGUGUCUGACGGUGAGGCGGAGGCCAUUGCGUGGGACAUGUCCGUUAGCGCCUACAACAAUUUAUCGAAUGACGUGGAUGAUAAGGUGCACUACGUCUCUGCCAUUUUGCUCAAAACGCCGAACCCCUCGCUUGCCAAGAGGAAAAAAGAAAGAGUCUCUUGCAUGAGCUGCAGUUGA